UGCCACCUUCAGCCCAGCGGAAGCACCUGAGCCUUUGGUUGUGAUCUUACCAGUGCUUUCUGGUGGCUGUGUGGGAUUUGCUCUAGGCCUGUUUUGAAGGCAGGAAAAGUGAGAUUCAGGAGGGGAAAUAGUAUCAAGUGUGGAUGGUUGCUGAGGUCAUGGGCAGGGGAGGAGGAGGAAACUUGGAGGUGAAUCGGACCUUGGAGCCCAUGAGCCAGGCCUGGCUUCGGCAACUGAGUGGAAUGACCUUUGGCAAGUCACUUCAUAUCUCUGUGCCUGCUCCCCCUAAUCUAUCCAUGGGGACUGUAAUCAUUCCUACCUUUGUGUUGUAAAGAUUUGGCAAGAUCGUGCAUGUAGAGCUUUUGGCAUGGUGCUUGGCAAAGAGAAGCCAUCUAGUUGGUUAAUCUCCUUAGUUCUCACACAGGCCUAUCAGCAGGGGGUGAAAAUCAGCCAUCUGGUGUGCCUUCUGCUCCCAGCAUACUACCUGGUGCACAGUAGUCUGCUAGCUAGGAGGGAAGAAGGUAUCACCUCCACCUGACGGAUGAGGAAACUGAGGUGCCCAUCACAGGUCCCAGGCUGGUCUCGAACUCCUGAGCUCAAGCAAUUCACCUGCCUCGGCCUCCCAGAGUGCUUCCCAGAGGAUUCUAGGCAUGAGCCACCACGCCCAGCUGGAACCCCCUUCUGAACCAGGACGUGACGUAGGGACUGUUCACCAUUGGCAUGUGGGCAGACCCUGGUCAUUCCAGCUCCUUGCCAAGAGUCAGGAAGGUAAACAGACCUCGCUGAUUGAAGGCAAAGACCACUCCGUCCCACCUGCCCGUCCAGCCCACGGCCACCGACCCCUCCUUUAUAAGGAGGUCUUACAACUUCUCAGUGGUGCGUGUUGGAAUGGACUUCGGACCCUGGCCUCUUGGGAUACAAAGGAUGAAGUGACGCCCCAGCUGCAUUCGAGGAGCCUCCAGGACCCACUACAAGAGUUUGGGACCAAAGAGAGGAGCAUGGAUCUCGGAACAGCUGAAGGCACGCGGUGCACCGACCCGCCAGCAGGCAAGCCCGCCAUGGCGGCCAAGCGCAAGGGUGGCCUGAAGCUCAAUGCCAUCUGCGCCAAGCUGAGCCGCCAGGUGGUGGUGGAGAAGGGGGCAGAGGCUGGCUCCCAUGCUGAGGGUAGCCCACUGCGGCCCCGGGACAAAGAGCGCAGUGGCCCUGAGUCUGGGGUGGCCCGGGCCCCCCGCAGUGAGGAAGACAAGAGGAGAGCAGUGAUCGAGAAGUGGGUCAAUGGAGAGUACAGCGAGGACCCAGCACCUGCACCUGUGCUGGGCCGCAUUGCCCGCGAGGGCCUGGAGCUGCCACCCGAAGGCGUCUACAUGGUGCAGCCCCAGGGCUGCAGCGAUGAGGAAGACCACACGGAAGAACCCGCCAAGGAUGGCAGCGUCCUGGAGGAGAAGGACUCAGAUGCGGUGGCCUCCAAGGAUGAGAGUGGCCCCAGUGCCAGGCAGGCUUCAGGUGAGGCCUCCUCACUGCGGGACUAUGCAGCCUCCACCAUGACCGAGUUCCUUGGCAUGUUUGGCUAUGAUGACCAGAACACAAGGGACGAACUGGCCAGGAAGAUCAGCUUUGAGAAGGUGCACGGGGGCUCCACCCCUGAGACAGCCACCUCCUCUCUGCCACCCACCUCCUCUCUGCCACCCACCUCCGAAGACACCCUCAGCAAACGGGCACGUUUCUCUAAGUACGAGGAGUACAUCCGCAAGCUCAAGGCCGGAGAGCAGCUCUCGUGGCCAGCCCAUGGAACCAAGGCAGAGGAGAGGGUGGGCAAGGAGGUAGUGGGCCCCCUGCCCAGCUUGCGGCUGCCCAGCAGCACAGCACACCUGGAGACCAAGGCCACCAUCCUGCCCCUGCCAUCACACAGCAGCGUCCAGAUGCAGAACCUGGUGGCCCGUGCCUCCAAGUAUGACUUCUUCAUCCAAAAACUGAAGACGGGCGAGAACCUGCGGCCCCAGAAUGGAAGCACCUAUAAGAAGCCGUCCAAGUACGAUCUAGAGAACGUCAAGUACCUGCACCUUUUCAAACCCGGGGAGGGCAGCCCCGACAUGGGCGGGGCCAUCGCCUUCAAGACAGGCAAGGUGGGGCGCCCCUCCAAGUACGACGUCCGGGGCAUCCAGAAGCCGGGCCCCACCAAGGUUCCACCUGCCCCUAGCCUGGCUCCUGCACCCCUCACCAGUGUGCCCAGUGCUCCCAGCACUCCUGGGCCAGGGCCUGAGCCACCUGCUUCCUUGUCCUUCAACACUCCCGAGUACCUGAAGUCAACCUUCUCCAAAACAGACUCCAUCACCACGGGGACCGUCUCCACUGUCAAGAACGGAUUGCCCACAGAUAAACCAGCUGUCACCGAAGAUGUAAACAUUUACCAGAAAUAUAUUGCCAGGUUCUCAGGCAGUCAGCACUGUGGCCACAUCCACUGUGCCUACCAGUAUCGGGAGCACUACCAUUGCCUUGACCCCGAGUGCAACUACCAGAGGUUCACGAGUAAGCAGGAUGUGAUCCGACACUAUAACAUGCACAAGAAGCGUGACAACUCCCUGCAACAUGGCUUCAUGCGCUUCAGCCCCCUGGACGACUGCAGCGUCUACUACCACGGCUGCCACCUCAACGGGAAGAGCACCCACUACCACUGCAUGCAGGUGGGCUGCAACAAGGUGUACACGAGCACGUCGGAUGUGAUGACUCAUGAGAACUUCCACAAGAAGAACACUCAGCUCAUCAAUGACGGAUUCCAGCGUUUCCGAGCCACUGAGGACUGUGGCACAGCUGACUGCCAGUUCUAUGGACAGAAGACCACGCACUUCCACUGCAGGCGCCCCGGCUGCACAUUCACUUUUAAGAACAAGUGUGACAUUGAGAAGCACAAGAGCUACCACAUCAAGGACGAUGCCUACGCCAAGGACGGCUUCAAGAAGUUCUACAAGUACGAGGAGUGCAAGUAUGAGGGCUGCGUGUACAGCAAGGCCACCAACCACUUCCACUGCAUCCGAGCCGGCUGCGGCUUCACCUUCACCUCCACCAGCCAGAUGACCUCGCACAAGCGUAAGCAUGAGCGCCGUCACAUCCGCUCCUCGGGCGUGCUGGGGCUGCCGCCCUCGCUGCUGGGCGCCAAGGACACAGAGCACGAGGAGUCCAGUAACGAUGACCUGGUUGACUUCUCUGCCCUGAGCAGCAAGAACUCCAGCCUGAGCGCCUCCCCCACCAGCCAGCAGUCCUCCGCCUCCCUGGCCCCCGCCACUGCCACCACUGAGGCUGUGCCCGGUGCCACCAAGCCUCCCAACAGCAAGAUCUCGGGGCUACUGCCCCAGGGCCUGCCGGGCUCCAUCCCCCUGGCGCUGGCCCUCUCCAACUCUGGCCUGCCCACCCCCACACCCUACUUCCCCAUCCUUGCUGGCCGUGGAAGCGCCUCCCUGCCUGUGGGUGCCCCUAGCCUUUUGGGUGCCGUGUCCUCUGGGGCAGCAGCCGCAGCGGCCCCUGACACACCUGCUCUGGUCGCCUCCGGAGCUGGAGACUCCGCCCCAGCGGCAGCUGCCUCCGUCCCAGUGCCCCCUGCCUCCAUCAUGGAGAGGAUCUCUGCAAGCAAGGGCCUCAUCUCACCCAUGAUGGCCAGAUUGGCCGCAGCUGCCCUCAAGCCCUCUGCCACCUUUGACCCAGGAAGCGGGCAGCAGGUCACCUCCGUCAGGUUUCCCCUGGCGCAGGUGAAGCAGGAGGCUGGUGAGAAUGCUGGCGCCCCUGGCCCCCACGAGGCUUCCCAAGACCGCAGUCUAGACCUGACUGUGAAGGAGCCCAGUAAUGAAUCAAAUGGCCACGAAGUCCCAGCAAAUUCAUCUCUUUUAUCCUCGCUUAUGAAUAAGAUGUCUCAGGGCAACCCCAGUCUCGGCAGCUUGUUGAACAUCAAGGCGGAACCGGAGGGAAGCCCCUCCAUGGAGUCCUCACCAUUCCUAGGCAAGGCUGUGAAGGCGCUGGUUCAGGAGAAGCUGUCGGAGCCCUGGAAAGUAUAUCUUCGCAGGUUUGGUACCAAAGACUUCUGUGACGCCCAGUGUGACUUCCUGCACAAGGCCCAUUUCCACUGUGUGGUGGAGGAGUGUGGCGCACUCUUCAGCACCCUGGACGGGGCCAUCAAGCAUGCAAACUUCCACUUUCGGACGGAGGGGGGAGCAGCAAAAGGAAACACAGAGGCCCCCUUCCCGGCCUCGGCUGCUGAGACCAAACCUUCCACAGCCCCCUCAUCCCCUCCAGCACCUCCUGUCACCACAGCCACGGUUUCCUCUCUGGAGGGGCCCACUCCAGGCCUGGCCUCUGUGCCCUCCGCCCCCACCCUGCUCGCCUGGAAGCAGCUGGCUUCCACCAUACCCCAGAUGCCUCAGAUUCCAGCGUCAGUGCCUCACCUGCCUGCUUCGCCCUUGGCAACGACUUCUCUAGAGAAUGCCAAGCCCCAGGUCAAACCCGGAUUCCUCCAGUUCCAGGAGAAUGAUCCUUGCCUUGCGACGGACUGCAAGUAUGCCAACAAGUUCCACUUCCACUGUCUGUUUGGGAACUGCAAGUACGUCUGCAAAACCUCUGGCAAGGCCGAAUCCCACUGCCUGGACCACAUCAACCCCAACAACAACCUGGUGAACGUGCGAGACCAGUUUGCUUACUACUCCCUGCAGUGUCUCUGUCCCAACCAGCACUGCGAGUUCCGGAUGCGUGGACACUACCACUGCCUCCGGACCGGCUGCUACUUCGUGACCAACAUCACCACCAAGCUGCCGUGGCACAUAAAGAAGCAUGAGAAGGCUGAGCGGCGGGCAGCCAACGGAUUCAAGUAUUUCACCAAGCGCGAGGAAUGUGGCCGGCUAGGCUGCAAGUACAACCAGGUGAAUAGCCACUUCCACUGCAUCCGGGAGGGCUGCCAGUUCUCCUUCCUUCUCAAGCACCAGAUGACCUCCCACGCCCGGAAGCACAUGCGGAGGAUGCUGGGGAAGAACUUUGACCGCGUGCCGCCCUCCCAGGGUCCCCCAAGCCUGAUGGACACUGAGACAGACGAGUACAUGGAUUAUACAGGCUGCAGCCCAGGCGCUGUGUCCUCUGAGUCAUCCACCAUGGACCGAAGCUGCUCCAGUACCCCUGUGGGCAAUGAGAGCACUGCAGCAGGCUGCCCGGCUCCUCCUCCUCCUCCUCCUCCUCCUGCUGCCACCGGUGAUGAGGCUGCCCACCUGGCCCCGCAGCCCCCACCAACCGCACCCUUCUCGCCGGGUGUGCUCCGGCCCCCCCUCCCCCCCCUCCCAUGCCUCUUCUCUCCGUCCUGUUUCUCAUACUCUCUGCUCAGUGCCACUCUCGGAGCCAGCCGGGGCCUGGCCCACCCCAUCAACAGCCCGCCCAGCUUCCCGCCCAUCACUGCCACUCCAACUCCAGUAAAAAGUGACGUCCCCCUAGUUCAGGACGCUGCAGGGAACACCAUCUCCAUGCCGACGGCCUCAGGGGCCAAAAAGCGCUUCUGGAUUAUUGAGGACAUGUCGCCGUUUGGCAAGCGGCGGAAGACGGCCUCCUCGCGCAAGAUGCUGGAUGAGGGCAUGAUGCUGGAGGGCUUCCGGCGCUUCGACCUCUACGAGGACUGCAAGGACGCGGCCUGCCAGUUCUCGCUCAAGGUCACCCACUACCACUGCACGCGCGAGAACUGCGGCUACAAGUUCUGCGGGCGCACGCACAUGUACAAGCACGCGCAGCACCACGACCGCGUGGACAACCUGGUGCUGGACGACUUCAAGCGCUUCAAGGCCUCGCUCAGCUGCCACUUCGCCGACUGCCCCUUCUCAGGCACCAGCACGCACUUCCACUGCCUGCGCUGCCGCUUCCGCUGCACCGAUAGCACCAAGGUCACGGCGCACCGCAAGCACCACGGCAAGCAGGACGUCAUCAGCGCCGCGGGCUUCCGCCAGUUCAGCUCGAGCGCCGACUGCACAGUGCCGGACUGCAAGUACAAGCUCAAGUGCUCGCACUUCCACUGCACCUACCCGGGCUGCCGCCACACGGUCGUGGGCAUGUCGCAGAUGGACUCGCACAAACGCAAGCACGAGAAGCAGGACCGCGGCGAGCCGCUGGCCGAGGGCCCCGCGGCCGGGCCACCCGUCAGCCUGGACGGCUCGCUCACGCUGGGCGCCGAGCCGGGGGGCUCGCUGCUCUUCUUGCAGACGGCGGCCGCCGGCCUGGGCCUGGCGCUCGGCGACGCGGGCGACCCCGAGCCGCCGGACACCGCCCCCGGGCCGCGGGAGGGCCCCGCCGUGCCCGGCCCCGCCGCCGCCGCCGCGGAGUCGUCGCAGGAGGACGAGGACGAGGAGCUGGAGCUGCCCGAGGAGGACGAGGAGGACGACGACGACGAAGACGACGAGGACGAGGACGACGACGAGGAUGACGAGGACGAGGACCUGCGUACCGACUCCGAGGAGUCGCUGCCCGAGGCGGUGGCCGAGGCGGCAGGGACGGGCGCGCGGACCCCGGGCGCCCCCGGCCCCGCGCCCGCCGCCUCUCCCUAGCCGCCCCCGGCCCUGCUCGGCCGGGAGGUGGCCACUGCUGUCCCCGAUUUUGUAGGAAAUGCUAUUUAUAUGUGACACUUCGUCUGAACAGAGCCCCGCGCGCUUGGGUCCGCUCGCCCCGCCCGCCC